AUGGAUGAAGAAGAAAGUCCAUUCCUGACUGGGUUUUUAACAGUGAAAUCACAGAGCGGAUUUUCCUGGCGUGUCACGAAAAAGGUCAAAUACUUUCAACUGUUCAAAGCCAGCCGCCACGGAAUCGAGAGGCUCGAAAUUAGCGACACCGAGAGUGACAAGACGACGCGCAUCCUAACGCUGGAAAACUGCGUCAAAAUAGUGCUAGAUCAACCGCCCCACAACACAAUCAACAUCGUCUCCAAAACGGGACAAAUUCAGCUCUACUCCCCCGACGAGGCGCUCGUACGCCAAUGGACGAACGCGCUGCAAAUCGUGGCGUUUAAGGACAAAUCCAAUCAAACACCUCCACCACCGCGGCUAAACACGAUCGAGGAGGACAACGACCUGUACUGUUCGUCCUACAGCGAGGGCAUCUACACGGUGACGCUGAUUCCGACGGACGCGUCGAUAAAGAAUGGUAUCGAGCCUAAAAUGUACACCCUCGAGUUGGGCCAAAUGGACAUGCGCCUGAAGUGUUACGAGGACGAGAGUUUGACGGUUGCGUUGUGGCCGUACCGUUACAUCCGCAAAUACGGUUACCGUGAGGGUAAGUUUACGUUUGAAGCCGGUCGGAAGUGUAACACCGGUGAAGGCACGUUUAAGCUGGACAACGCGAGUCCACAGGACAUCUUCCGCUGCAUGCUGACGAAGAUGAAGUCGAUGAAGAAGAUAAUCUCCUCGUCCGACCAUGGUACCCACGCGCUUAGCAGCCAACUAUGCGCUGCGUUGGCGAUGGAACCAGGCUCACGUAGUCCUCUGCCGGGAGUACACUGCGACGACAACAUGGCCGCACAUCUGUCCUCCAUCGAGCUGCUGCCUGCCCUCAGUGACAUCACGUCGUUGGCGGCCAUGUCGCAAUUGAAGAGCGUUCCAACGAAGCCACCACGCAAGCAGGGCGCUCCAGUGAGCGGUGUGCCCGAGACCGAGCCAAAGCUGACGAACGUGUCCACCGUGUUCAUCAAGAACAACGGCCACAGCGUCCAAUGUGGCGGCCAAUCGCCAAGCCAGACGAUCUUGCUGCGUGGUAUCGCACCGACCGAGGUCCUGGAUGGUUGUCGAGAGAAGGAGCUCGACUACGAGUGCGUGAAGGACAUCACGGAUGCGUGGAAAUUGUACGGGCUGAACGACGUGAAGCAUACGGAAGCGCUACCAACGGCCGACUCGGUGGCGGAGAGUUCCUUCACGGGCAUGCCGGGUCUUGGCGGAAUGUUUUCCGGCAAUGGGAGUGCCCACGAGCACGUGCGAUUAGAGUACGAUCGGUUGGAUUUUUUCCGUAAGUCUACGCGGAACGCUUCGCCGGAUUAUAAGACGAUCGUGCCCAUACGGUUGCCACCGGAACGGGACGGUGUGGCUUCUGGGCAACACACGGUGACUUCGGCGAUGCCUUCGGAUGACUACGAGAUCAUCGGUGAGCCCACGUUGGGAUCCGGUGGUAAUGGUCCGCCUACUGGCCUCGCACUGCCACCGAUCGGGUAUAGCGUCCCGAGUGGUGGUGUGGCCGUGCGCCGCGCCCAGGACGAAGGAUUCGAAUUUUCAGUAUUCAACGAGCACCAGGAGGAGCAGCGCAACAUAUCGGCAACCAUCAGCUAUGCGACCAUCAGCAAACCGAAGCGGGUGUAGGAAGAAGGCUGUCCGCUCCGUGGACACAUCACACGCAUUUAGAUAACCAU